GAACGAUCUGAUAUUGUUUGGUUUGAGACCCAACGCGUAACAGUGCAUCUGCUGGUGGUGUUCGGUGUGAAAAUUUUGUUAUUUUCAACUAGGAACGUGAUAAUUUAGUUAGUGCCAACGCAAUAACAGUAUCACAGCAACAACCAUGGUGAAUAAAAAGAUUAAACAAACCUACUGUGUGAUCGGAGCCGGUACGGCAGGUCUUUGUGCGGCGCGUCAUGCACUACAAGCAGACGGGCUCGUAACCGUGUUCGAGAUGGGCAAAGAGCUUGGCGGCACCUGGGUGUUUAACGAAGAGACAGGCAAGAAUGAAUACGGCAUCGAUGUACACUCGAGCAUGUACAAAGGGUUGAAGACGAAUCUGCCCAAGGAAAUCAUGGGCUAUCCAGACUUCCCCAUACCGGAACAGGAAAGCUCGUACAUCCCGGCGGAGGAAAUGUUAAAUUUCUUCCAACAAUUUGCCGAAUCAUUCGGUAUCUUGGAACACAUUCGCUUCAGCCACUACGUGGUACGGGUGAAGCCGACUAUCGACGAGAAAGGCUGGGAAGUGAUUGUGCGAGAUUGCCCGAAUGAUCGGCUGGUGACGUACACGUUUGACUAUGUACUCAUCUGCAACGGACACUACCAUACGCCGAACUUGCCCAAGUACCCCGGUAUGAAUGUUUUCCGUGGAAAGCAGAUGCACAGUCACGAUUACCGAAGCAAUGAAACAUUUGAAGGAGAAACUGUUCUUGUCAUCGGGGCAGGCCCAUCUGGAAUGGAUAUGGCUUACGAGAUCUCCAAGAAGGCAGUUCGAGUAACCUUAAGCCACCAUUUGAAGGAUAAGCCCCAAACGGUGUUCCCAGACAACGUAACACUGAAACCCGACGUAGUGCGUCUUACCGAAACCGGGGUACACUAUGCAGACGGUACCAGCCAAGAUUUCAGUGUCAUUUGCUACAGCACCGGUUACAAGUACACCUUCCCGUUCCUGAGCGUCGAUUGCGGCAUUACGGUUGAAGACAACUACGUGCAGCCGUUGUACAAACACUGCAUCAACAUUCAUUAUCCCACGAUGGCUUUCAUCGGACUUCCGUUCUACGUGUGUGCGGCUCAGAUGAUGGAUCUGCAGGCACGAUUUUGCCUGAAAUUCUUUAGCGGAGGGAAAGCGUUACCAUCGCGGGAGGAGAUGAGUGCCGAUACGAUGGCUGAGAUGGAGGAACGUUGGAAGCGUGGUUUGAAGAAACGGCAGGCACACAUGAUGGGUCCGGUGGAGGAUCGCUAUUACGAUGAUCUGGCACAGACGGCCGACAUUGAGCCAAUCAAGCCGGUGAUCAAGAAGCUGCAUAAGAUCAGUGCAAUGCGCUUUUCGGAAGAUUUGGUAAAUUUUCGUAACGAUAAGUUCCGGAUAGUGGACGAUGAAACGUUCGUGAAGAUUAACUAGGGUGCGUGCUGAGCAAACAAUACAAGUCCCUUUUGUUUGUUCACAGGACUAAAGGGUAUGCGAUUUGAUAUACGGUAAGAUAAAUGCGCAAUUUAGUACAAUUAUGGUAGAGUGGAAGAAUGCGUAAUAUGUAAUCGAAAUAUAAACAAAGAAUGUACAUAUAACAUAUACACCGAAUAAAUUUAACAAAAAUAUUGUGCGUGUUGUUGAAUGAGCUAUCCCAAGCAAUGAGCUUAAAUGUCCAUUUUCCGACUAACGCUGACGUCAAACCGAGUUGCAUAUACCGAGUUAAGUUGAUAAUCUUGGUGCACAUCAAAGUGCUGAUGAAAACUCUUGGUUCAAUUCUAUCAGUCAUGCCGUUUGUUGUGGUUGUUAUGUUAUUUACAGCGCUUUGCUGUUCCAACUCCAUCUCUAGAGAGAUAAAGCAUGGCUUCAAACACAUGUUUUUAGUUCUACAUAAACAAUUGUACACGAUUUGCGUAAGCUGUUGGUUGUUAUUCUGUUAAUUGCAAGCGAUAAUA